ACCAUGGCAGCACGCUGGAGAAGAAUCCUGGUCAUAUUUGUAGCAGCUCAGGUACUACUUGUGGUAAAUACCUUUGAGGAAGAGGAUGUCCCUGAAGAAUGGCUGCUGCUUCACGUCGUUCAAGGUCAGAUCGGAGCAGGAAACUACAGCUACCUGAGACUGAAUCACGAGGGAAAGAUCGUGCUCCAGAUGCGGAGCUUGAAGGGCGACGCGGACUUGUACGUGUCGGACCUGACGCUGCACCCCAGCUUUGACGAGUACGAGCUGCAGUCCGUCACCUGCGGGCAGGACGUCGUCCACGUGCCCGCGCACUUCCGCCGCCCCGUGGGGAUCGGGAUCUACGGGCACCCCUCCCACCUGGAGAGUGAGUUCGAGAUGAGGGUGUACUACGACCGGACGGUGGCGCGGUACCCGUUUGGCGACGCCUCCUACGACCCCGAGGAGAUGGAGGCACACCAGAAACACUCACACGCUACAGAAGACGAAUCUCAGGAUGAGGAGUCUGUUUUCUGGACUAUACUGAUUGGAAUCUUGAAAUUAAUACUUGAAAUUCUUUUUUAA